AUGACAAUCGGCUUUUGUAGACUUUGCCUCUUACAUUUAGGAAUUACAAAACGGUAUAUUACAAAUAUAUCUCGAGCAUCCGCAGAUCGUUUUAUUCGACAAUGUCAUUCAAUUUUGGAAGUCGAUCUAUUAUGUCGUGAUGAAGCAAUAAUUCGAAAAGCAUAUUUAGAAAAAGUCAAGCAAUAUCAUCCUAAUUCAUCAUUUCAAGAUAAUAAAGCUGAUCAUGUAAAAUUUAAUCAAGUACAACAAACUUAUGAAACACUUCUAGAAGCGCUAAAAUCAAAUGAUUCUCUUGGUUAUUCAUCAACAUUCUCUAUGGAUGAUAUUUAUAUCAAAUUUGAUAUUCGUCAUGCAGCUUCUCAAUAUCAAACACAUUUAGAAUAUGGAGAAACUUUUAUUCAUCAUCUUGUUGAAAAUCUUAUUCAAGAAUCAAUGUCACGUGGAGAUUUUAAUAAUAUUAGACCAAGUGGAAAAUCCUUAUAUGAACAUAAUCCACAUUAUGUGGAUUUUACAACAUAUAAAAUCAAUGAAAUGCUUAUUGAUAAUGGUUAUAUGCCUGAAUGGGUUUUACUUGAAAAAACAAUAUCACCUAAUUCAUUAUUUGAUCGAGAUAUAUUGACAAGUUUAUUUCCUGGUAAUCAAAGUCCAACCUUAACUGAUAUUUCAUCAUCAGUUGAUAAAUGGACUGAUAGUGCAGGCGAAUUACUUGUUCAAUUGGAUAAUCUUAGUAUGCUUGGUCAAAUAUGUGAUAAUGUAUCAAGACUUCCACCAAAGCCAUCAUCAAUAAAUCGUUCAAUUAAUGAAAUCAAAUCGUAA